AUGCGUUUUGCAACCCUAUUGUCCACGAUUAUUCUGCUUAGACCUUCCCGAGCAGUAUCAUACUCGCUUGUUUCUGAUCCAAUCAUCGACUUGGGAUACGGGCGAUACCAAGGGGUUUACAACACUACGUUCGACCAGAACAUCUUCAGAGGGAUCAGAUACGCAACCCCCCCAACAGGAAAGCUGCGAUGGCAAUUACCUCAAUCCCCUGAAGUCAACCGGGCGCAGGUCACAUCCGCCGUGGAAAACCCACCACGCUGCCCUCAAUCUUACCAAGCACCUCCUGACGAAACCGUAGACUUGGAUACCGACGUACUUGGUAACGAGGACUGCCUCUUCCUCAACGUAUUCACACCAGCCAAUGCUACUCAGUCGCCGGUCCUAGUCUGGAUCCACGGUGGAGGUUAUGGAGCGGGCUCCGCCAAGACAUAUGACUUUGCUUCCCAGGUCCACACAAAUAAAAAUGAGUAUAUCGCAGUCGUGAUUCAAUACCGGCUGGGGGCGUUUGGCUUUCUGUCGUCGGCUGAGGUGGCCAGGUCUGGUGUGCCUAAUGCGGGGAUACAUGAUAUGCGGUUUGCCCUUGAGUGGGUUCAGAAACAUAUCCAUGUUUUUGGUGGCGAUCCGGGGAGAGUAACAAUUGCUGGUGAGUCAGCCGGAGGCGGCUCGGUCAUGCUGCUAGGCAUGGCGAAUGGAGGCUCUGAAGGAACGUCGCUUUUCAAUGGGGUUAUUGCGUCGAGUCCCUAUCUGCCAACUCAAUGGAAAUACGAUGAUAUCCUACCCUCUCAAUCAUACUACAGGCUCGCCCAAGAAGCCGGCUGUUUGACCGACCAAACCGCAUCAACCGUUUCCAUAUUCGACUGCCUUCAAACCACAGAUACCCUGGUCCUCCAAAACGCCAGCAACUACAUCAGUACUACCGGCCUCUACGGACAAUGGGCUUUUGUACCCGUCACCGACGACACCCUCAUCCAAUGCCGUCCAACCGAGCAACUCGCCGUCAAGCCCCGCACCAACGGCAUCCGCCUUCUAACCAGCAACAACCUCAACGAAGGCCCCUAUUUUGUACCGCAAACCAUCGAAACCGAAACCGAUUUCUUGGACUGGCUAAGAACGACUUACCCCCUCCUCACCCCCUCCACCCUAACCUCCGUCCUCUCCUACUAUGGCCUCCCCGAGAAUUUCGACCCCUCUGAGCCUUAUGUCGACUCCAACGGCCUCAAUCCCCCUUUCUCAACAACGACUUCACACUUUGGCAUAGGAUGGCAGCAAGCUGCUAAUAACCUCUACGCCGAGACGACUUUCGUCUGUCCUUCAUACUGGCUCGCCGACGCAUUUUCUGCCCAAGGGGGAAAAGCAUGGAAAUACCAAUUUUCUGUGCCACCGGCGUGUCAUGGGUGUGAUAUCGAGCCCUUUCUGAAUCGGACGAAUAUUGAAGGUACGGGGAUAAAUGAGGUUCUCCGAACGACCAUGCAGAGAGUGUGGGGGAAUUUUGUGGUGAAUGGGGAUCCGGGAAUGAGCGCGUUGCAGAUGGCCGAUUUUAACGGUAGUAGUGAGAGCGGGGAUAAUUUGACGGCGGUUGGGGCUGGUACGUGGCCCUUAUGGAGUGGUGGGCUGGGGGGUGCGUAUGGGAGGAAUGGGAUGGUGAAUAUGAACAUGACUGGUGGGGUGCAGGUGGUUAAAGAGCAGACGCUCAAUGGGCAGAUUUGGGAGCUUACACAAUAUGUGCCAGGGGAAAAAGACACCGAUCCCCCCUUAGAGGCGAAGACUCAGGUUGUGGAUGCAGAUUCUUGGGAGGGUGGUAGAAGGGAGAGGUGUCGGUUAUGGGUUGAGCUGGGACCUUGGAUCAUGGAGUAA